AUGGCGGAUGCGGCUGCGAGGCAGUUGCAAUAUGAAUAUAAAGCGAACUCAAAUCUUGUCCUGCAAGCUGACGUGCGGCUUAUAGAACGGCGUGGACGUGAUGAGGCAACUGGAGAGGUGCUGUCCUUGGCAGGAAAGCUUGGUGGCACACGCAUGGGUGAUAGGGCCCAACGAACGAAGCCUGAUAAGGCUGAGGAGAGAAAAGCUAAACGUCAGAAACGAGACGAGGCAUCCUACGAGUUGUCCAAGUCGAAGACUGCCCGAGCUGCAUGGGCCGACGACACACCAGGCGUCUUGUACAGGCCGCGGGCGCAACACACAAGGCACGCUUACGAGUUGAUGCUGUCCUUCAUGCAGAGCGCCCUUGGUGACCAGCCCAGGGACGUGCUGUGCGGUGCUUGUGAUGAGGUCCUGGUUGUCCUUAAAAAUGACAAAUUGAAAGACCCAGAGAAGAAAAAAGAGAUUGAACUGCUGCUUGGAUCCAUUCCUGAUGAGAGGUUCGCGCUGCUAGUCAACCUGGGCAAGAAGAUCACAGACUUCAACAUCAGCACAACAACGGAAGGGAACUCCGAGAUAGACGAGACGUACGGCAUCAAUGUGCAGUUUGAGGAGUCUUCUGAGGAGGAUGACGAGGAUGCUUAUGGAGAGGUCAGAGAUGAAGAGAAAGAAGAUGGGGAGGGUUCAGAAAAUGAACAAGGGAAAGAGAGUAGCGCAGAAGAUGACAGCGACACAGAAGGAAAGAAGAAUGCUAUUCAUGCAAAUCUGAGCGAGGAACAGACUCAGAAGCGACGCGAUGCCACCCUGCACCCCAUGGACAUCGACGCUUACUGGCUGCAGCGACGCCUCUCCAGGCACUUCCCCGACGCCAUGUUGUCGCAGGCCAAGUCAAGCGAGGUUCUAAAAGCCCUGGCUGAGGCGGCUGAUGACAGAGACCUGGAGAACAGGCUGGUGCUUCUGCUGGGGUACGAUUGCUUCGACUUCGUCAAAGUGCUGAACAAGUACAGAUAUACAAUUUUGUACUGCACCAAGCUGGCGUCCUCACAAUCUGAAAGCGAGAGGGCCGCUAUCCGGGAAGAAAUGUCGAAGCAGCCGCACCUGCAGAAGAUACUGGCACAACUUGAAACCGGCAAGGGAGACGAAGAGAUGGCGCAACAGUCUGAAGCGCCUCGUAAACGUCAGAAGACCGGAGAGGCGGAGACCGGAGAGGGUGCUGGUCAAGUGGCGGGCUCCAGGAAGGUGCUGGCUCUUGACGAGUUGGUGUUCGCUGCCGGCUCUCAUUUCAUGGCUAACAAGCGCUGUCAACUUCCACCCGGUUCCUUCAGGAAGCAGAGGAAAGGUUAUGAAGAAGUACACGUGCCAGCGUUAAAACCGAAACCCUUCGAAGAGAACGAGACUCUGAUGCCCGUUGAGAAGCUGCCCAAAUACGUGCAGCCGGCGUUCGAAGGAUUCAAGACCUUGAACCGGAUACAGAGUCGUAUUUGCAAAGCUGCUUUGGAAUCUGAUGAGAACCUGUUGGUGUGUGCACCGACUGGGGCCGGUAAGACAAACGUGGCACUGCUCUGCAUACUCCGGGAAGUGGGUAAGCACGUCAACGAUGAUGGAACGGUCAAUGUCAACGAUUUCAAGAUGAUCUAUGUUGCGCCGAUGAGAUCCCUCGUGCAGGAGAUGGUGGGCAAUUUCACCAAACGUCUCUCAGCGUAUAACAUGAAGGUGUCGGAACUGACGGGAGAUCACCAGCUGACAAGGGAGCAGAUCGAUGCAACGCAGCUGAUUGUGUGCACCCCGGAGAAAUGGGACAUUAUCACUAGAAAAGGUGGGGAGCGUUCGUUCACGAACCUGGUGCGGCUGAUCAUCAUCGACGAGGUGCACCUGUUGCACGACGAGCGCGGGCCCGUGCUCGAGGCGCUCGUCGCCAGGACUCUGCGUACCGUUGAGCACACGCAGGAGGAGGUUCGUCUCGUCGGCCUGUCCGCCACGCUACCCAACUACACCGACGUCGCGGCCUUCUUGCGAGUGAGACCGGAGAAGGGACUUUUUUACUUCGAUAACUCCUUCAGACCAGUAGCACUCGAGCAGCAGUACAUUGGUGUGACGGAAAAGAAGGCUCUGAAGAGGUUCCAAGUGAUGAACGAUAUUGUCUAUGAGAAGACCAUGGAACACGCGGGCAGGAAUCAGAUUCUAGUGUUCGUUCACUCUCGCAAGGAAACGGGCAAGACGGCACGCGCCAUACGCGACAUGUGCCUGGAGAAAGACACCCUGGGACAGUUCCUCAGGGAGGGGUCGGCGAGCGUGGAGGUGCUGCGCAGCGAGGCGGAGCAGGUGAAGAACCCGGAGCUGCGCGAGCUGCUGCCCUACGGCUUCGCCAUCCACCACGCCGGCAUGACGCGCGUCGACCGCACGCUCGUCGAGGACCUGUUCGCCGACCGCCACAUACAGGUGCUGGUGUCAACAGCAACCCUCGCCUGGGGUGUGAACCUGCCAGCCCACACUGUCAUUGUGAAGGGCACCCAGGUGUACUCUCCGGAUAAAGGCAGAUGGAGCGAAUUGGGCGCUCUGGAUGUGUUACAGAUGUUGGGCAGAGCUGGUCGUCCACAGUAUGAUACUAAGGGAGAAGGAAUCCUCAUCACGAACCACUCGGAGCUGCAGUACUACCUGUCCCUUCUGAACCAGCAGCUGCCGAUCGAGUCGCAGCUUGUGAGCAAGCUGCCCGAUAUGCUCAACGCGGAGAUUGUACUGGGAUCUGUCCAGAACGUGAAGGACGCUGUGACCUGGCUCGGUUACACGUACCUGUACGUACGUAUGCUUCGCGCUCCAGCACUGUACGGGAUAUCGCCAGACAAGUUGCAACAUGACACACUACUCGAGCUGCAUCGAGCUGACUUAGUGCAUACCGCUGCCUGCUUACUGGACAAGGCCGGUCUGAUCAAAUACGAGCGGAAGUCCGGUCACUUCCAGCCCACGGAGCUGGGCCGCAUCGCGUCCCACUACUACUGCACCUACGAGACCAUGCAGUCGUACAACCAACUGUUGAAGCCAACCCUGGGCGAGAUAGAGCUCUUCCGGGUGUUCUCGUUGUCGGCGGAGUUCAAGCACAUCGCCGUGAGGGAUGAGGAGAAGCUGGAACUGCACAAGCUGAUGGAACGGGUGCCGAUACCAAUAAAAGAGAGCAUAGAAGAGCCAUCAGCGAAGAUCAAUGUGCUGCUCCAAGCGUACAUAUCCCAGUUGAAGCUGGAAGGGUUCGCUCUGAUGGCGGACAUGGUGUAUGUCACCCAGUCCGCUAGCAGACUCCUGAGGGCCAUCUUUGAGAUUGUUCUGCACAGAGGCUGGGCCCAGUUAGUGGACAAAACGUUAGCACUGUGCAAGAUGGUGGACCGACGUAUGUGGCAGUCAAUGUCACCGCUCAGACAAUUUCGGAAGAUGCCGGAAGAGGUUAUUAAGAAAUUAGAGAAGAAGAACUUCCCGUGGGAGAAGCUUUACGAUCUGGGCCCUAACGAGAUCGGCGAACUGGUGCGCGCGCCGAAGCUGGGCAAAAUGAUCCACAAGUACGUGCACCAGUUCCCACGGCUGGAGCUCGCGACCCAUAUCCAGCCUAUCACCAGGUCCACGCUGAGGGUCGAGCUGACCAUCACGCCUGACUUCCAGUGGGAUGAGAAGAUCCACGGACAGUCGGAGGCGUUCUGGGUGCUGGUGGAAGACGUGGACGCCGAGGUGGUUCUCCACCACGAAUACUUCCUGUUGAAGCAGAAGUACUGCCGCGACGAGCACCACGUCAAGCUGUUCGUGCCGGUCUUCGAGCCGCUGCCGCCGCAGUACUUCCUCAGGGUCGUCUCCGAUAGGUGGAUAGCAGCGGAAACCCAGCUGCCGGUGUCGUUCCGUCAUCUCAUUCUGCCGGAGAAGAACCUGCCGCCGACUGAGCUGCUAGAUCUCCAACCGUUGCCCGUGUCGGCUCUGCGGAACCCGAAGUACGAGGCACUGUACAACGAGACCUUCCCGCAGUUUAAUCCCGUGCAGACACAGGUGUUCAACGCGGUGUACAACUCUGACGAAAGCGUGUUCGUGGGCGCGCCGUCCGGCUCCGGCAAGUCUGUCAUCGCCGAAUUGGCCCUUCUGCGCGCGUUGCAUAACGACGCGAAUGCUCGAACCGUGUACCUGCUGCCGCGAGACGCCUUGGCGGACAUCGUGUUCGCCGACUGGUACCACAAGUUCGGCACCAACUUCAAUCUCAAGGUGGUGCAGCUGACCGGUGAAACGGCGACGGACCACAAGUUGCUGAACAAGGGCCAGAUUAUUAUAACCACCGCUGAGAAAUGGGACGUGCUGUCCAGACGGUGGAAAGUGCGUAAGGGCGUACAAAACAUAUCGCUCCUGAUUGUGGACGCCCUGCAACUGCUGGGCGGUGAAGAGGGACCGGUACUCGAAGUGGUCUGUUCUAGGAUGAGAUACAUCUCUUCGCAAAUUGGGCGUCCCAUCCGCAUCGUGGCGCUGUCGCUGCCGCUGGCCGACGCCCGCGACGUGUCGCAGUGGCUGGGCUGCAACUCCAACGCCUCCUUCAACUUCCACCCCAGCGUGCGCCCGCUGCCUCUCGAACUCCACAUACAGGGCUUCAACAUCUCGCACGCGGGGUCCCGGCUGGCGGCCAUGACGAAGCCGAUCUACAACGCGAUAUCGCGGUUCGCCGGCAGCAGGCCGUGCGCCGUGUUCGUGCCGUCGCGGCGCCACGCGCGCCUGCUGGCCGCCGACCUGCUGGCGCUGGCCGCCGCCGCCGGCCGCCCCGCCAGGUUCCUGCGCGCCCGCCACGACCUGAUCAAGCCCUUCCUCGACAGGGUCAAGGACAAGAUGCUAAAGGAGACCUUGGCUGCUGGCGUGGCGUACCUGCACGAAGGUGUGGAAGCUGGUGACCGGCGGUUGGUCCAGCAGCUGUUGGAGUCUGGUGCUGUUCAGCUUUGCGUGGUUGCAGCUGAACUGGCCUGGGCCUUCGCCGCGCACGUGCACACCGUCAUCGUGGCCGACACGCACGUGUACAACGGCAAGCUGCACGCGUACGAGCAGUACGCGGUGACGACGGUGCUGCAGAUGCUGGGCCGCGCCGGCCGCCCGCUGCAGGACGACGGCGCCGUGGCCGUGCUCAUGUGCGCCGCGCACCACAAGACCUUCUUCACCAAGCUCCUCAACGACUGCCUCCCGCUCGAGAGUCACCUCGACCAUAGACUACACGACCACAUGAACGCGGAGAUCGUGACCAAGACCAUAGAGAACAAGCAAGACGCCGUGGACUAUUUGACGUGGACUUUCCUGUAUCGAAGGCUGACGCAGAACCCUAAUUAUUACAAUCUGCAAGGAGUUACUCACAGGCACCUAUCAGACCAUCUUUCGGAGUUGGUGGAAACGACCCUGUCAGAGCUCGAACAGUCGAAGUGCAUCGCCAUAGAGGACGAGAUGGACGUGAGACCACUCAAUUUGGGCAUGAUCGCCUCUUACUACUAUAUCAACUACACCACCAUCGAGCUGUUCAGUCUGUCCCUCACCAGCAAGACCAAGAUCCGUGGUCUGCUGGAGAUCAUUUCCUCGGCAGCGGAGUACUCCGAUUUGUGCAUCAGGCACCGUGAAGAAAACAUCAUAAAGGCGCUCGCUGCUAAGGUUCCACACAAGCCAGGCUCCGGGUCAGCCACAGUGCGGUACAACGACCCGCACGUGAAGGCCCAUGUACUGCUGCAAGCACAUCUGUCGCGCAUGCAGCUGCCAGCAGAGCUACAGGCUGACACCGCCAUCGUGCUCACAAAGGCGAUCCGGCUGAUCCAGGCUUGCGUGGACGUGGUGUCGAGCAGCGGCUGGCUGUCGCCGGGCGUGGCCGCCAUGGAGCUGGCGCAGAUGGUGACGCAGGCCAUGUGGGCCAAGGACUCCUACUUGCGCCAACUGCCGCACUUCACCGCCGAAAUCGUGCAACGCUGCGCCGAUAAGGGUGUGGAGACGGUGUUCGAUGUGAUGGAGCUGGAGGACAACGCGCGCGCGAAGCUGCUGCAACUGUCGCCCACAGAAAUGGCCGACGUGGCUCGCUUCUGCAACAGAUAUCCCAACGUCGAACUCACCUAUGAGGUUAAGAAUGAACGACGUUUGCGCGUAGGCAAACCCAUCGUAGUAGAAGUGUCGCUGGAGAGGGAGGACGAAAUCAUUGGACCGGUGAUCGCACCAUUCUUCCCACAGAAGCGCGAGGAGGGCUGGUGGGUGGUGGUGGGCGAGCCGCGCAGCAACAGCCUGCUGUCGAUCAAGCGCGUGUCGCUGGGGCGCGCGGCCCGCGUGCGGCUCGACUUCGUGUGCGGCGCGCCCGGCCGCCACACGUACACGCUGUACUUCAUGUCGGACGCGUACCUCGGCGCCGACCAGGAGUACAAGUUCACCGUCGACGUGGACGAAGCGCCCGCUUCGGACUCCAGCGAUUCAGACCAAUAA